AUGAGUUUGCCCCUAAAUCCCAAAACCUUCCUGAAAGGAUUAACAGGAAAGCCAGUAACGACAAAACUCAAGUCCAGAAUGGAGUACAAAGACCACCUGGUAUCUGCAGACGGCUAUAUGAACAUGCAGCUCGCAAAUGCAGAAAAAUACAUAGAUGGAUCAUCGUCUGGACAUUUCAGUCAAGUUAUAACAGGGUGUAAUAAUGUCCUUCAUAUCAGGGGUGUUGAAGAAGAGGAAGAAGAUGGGGAAAUGCGAGAAUUGCAGCUUUUGUGGGAAUUUUUUUUUUUAAAAAUACAUAUUUCUAGACGAUAAAUAGGGUUUUUUUCCCCCUUUGGACAUCAGUGCAAGAUAUUUCCUGAAAGUAAAUGCAAGAUAUGUAAGUCUAA